GAGAGAGAGAGAUCGAGAGAGAGAGAGAGAGAACGGUAGAGGGAGCCAGUCGGUUGUGUGGAUCACACGAGAGAAGCGGAUCAACACUGAACAACCGGCCGCUUGUUUUUCAGGCCCAGCUGCAGCGUCAUCAUGACUAAAGAGGAGAACCUGGAGGUGCAGGAAAAGGAGAGGCACGAUCGGGAGGAGCAGGAGGAAGGGAGGUUCCAGAAAGAGGAGGAGGAGGCUCAAACCGAAGAGGAGGAGGAGGAAGAAGAGGACGGAGACGGGGAGGAGGAAUAUGGGCAGCAGGGGGAGCGUGCAGUGGUGGACGAUGAGGAGGAGCAGGAGGAGGAGCAGGAGGAAAGAGAGGAGAGGGAGCAAGAGGAGGUUCCUCCGGCCAGUCAGGAGCAGGAGGCCGAGCAAGAGCCCGAGCCGCUGUCAGUGUCCCAGUACCAGAGUCCGGUUCACGAGCCCCGGCGCCGAGCCAUGGUGCACUCCUCCGCACAGGCACCACUGCCACCAGACUACACCUUCACCUUCUUCGACCCCAACGACCCAGCCUGCUAUGAGAUCCUCAUGGAUCCUCAGACCACCAUCCCAGAGCUGUUUGCCAUCGUGCGUCAGUGGGUUCCUCAGGUGCAGCACAAGAUCGACAUCAUCGGCAACGAGAUCCUGAAGCGUGGCUGUCACGUGAACGACCGCGACGGCUUGACCGACAUGACGCUGCUUCACUACAGCUGCAAGGCCGGAGCACACGGAGUGGGCGACCCGGCGGCGGCGCUGCGUCUCACCAGUCAGCUGAUCUCUUUGGGCGCCGACGUGAGUCUGAGGAGUCGCUGGACCAACAUGAACGCGCUGCACUACGCUGCUUACUUCGACGUCCCAGAACUGAUCCGAGUGCUGCUCAAAUCCGCCAAACCCAGAGUGAUGAACUCGACGUGCAGUGAUUUCCAGUACGGGACGGCUCUCCACAUCGCCGCCUCCAACCUGUGUCUGGGAGCAGUGAAGUGUCUCCUGGAGCACGGAGCCACGCCCACUGUCCGGAAUGACAAGGGCCAGGUUCCAGCAGAUGUGGUGCCCGACCCGAUGGACAUGAGUCUGGACAAGGCCGAGGCUGCCAUGGUGGCCAAGGAGCUGAGCCAGCUGCUGCUGGACGCCGUCCCUCUGAGCUGCAACCUGCCCAGAGCCACGCUGCCCAACUACGACAACAUCCCGGGAAACCUGAUGCUGUCGUCCAUCGGGCUGAAGCUGGGAGAGCGCGUGGUGCUGGAGGACAUGAAGACUGGGACUCUGAGGUUCUGUGGUACGACCGAGUUCGCCAGUGGCCAGUGGGUCGGCGUGGAGCUGGACGAGCCCGAGGGGAAGAACGACGGCAGCGUGGGCGGCGUGCGCUACUUUAUCUGCCCUCCCAAGCUAGGGAUCUUUGCGCCCGUGUCAAAGAUCUCCAAGGCGCUGGCUGAGCAGACGCUCUCCUCCGUCACCUCCACCCCCCGCACCCCCCGCAUGGACCUGGCCUCGCGCCUCGCCGGGAGGACCAAGAAGGAGAAGAAGGAGAAGGAGAGAGUGAAAGGUAACUCUUCUCUGGCCGGUCUGGAUCCCGAGGGCCUGAACGUGGAGGUCGGGGAUCAGGUUCUCGUGGCCGGACAGAAACACGGCAUCGUUCGCUUCUUCGGGAAAACGGACUUCGCUCCAGGUUACUGGUUCGGUGUGGAGUUGGAUCAGCCCACAGGGAAACACGACGGCUCGGUGUUCGGGGUCCGGUACUACAGCUGCCUGCCCAAAUAUGGCGUGUUCGCUCCGCCCUCCCGUGUGCAGAGGAUCGGGGGUCCUAAAGACGGCUCGCCCAUCGACAGCUCCCUGGUGAAGAAGGUCCACCAGGUCACCAUGUCGCAGCCGAAGCGUAACUUCAACACGAUGCGUUCUCCUAAAGACUUGACCUCUGAAAGCUCCAUAUCCAGGUUGCUGUUCUGCUGUUGGUUUCCGUGGAUGCUGCGUGCUGAGAUGCAGUCCUAACCACGCCCCCUCGCCCUCCGCUGUCUCUUCUCUCCAUCUCUGUCUCUCGCCGUCCUCUCGGAGUCUCCUCGCUGUCCCCCCCCCCGCUCACAGUGAACCCUCCUCCCUCGGACUCUCCUUCUCGUCUAGCCGUUCUCUAGCAGCAUCUAUCGUGCCUUGUAUGUGAUCAGCACCUCCUUCUCUCCUCCUUCACUCCUCCUUCACUCCUCCUUCUCUCCUCCUUCACUCCUUCGACCGACUCGACGCUGAGGAAACGUUGAUUCUGUCUCUCGUCCUCUCAUCGUCCAGUUUGAUGUUUUCUGCAUGUUCCUUCAUUCAGGGCAGAAAUCUGCUGUUAACUCAACAUCACUUUGUUCUGCUCGAUGUUUCCUUUUCACUCUUCUGGUUUUUGAUCUUGACAAAUUUCAAAUCGAGUUCCAGAUGAAUUAAACAUAAACUAAAUAAAUGAAAGCUUCAGAUAAGGAUAAUGAUAAUAAUACUGCUGACACUUUGACCCACAUGUUGCAGUUUGUGUAUUUUAUUGAUCCAGGAACGUUCAGGUCCUGAACAGCUGAGACACAACUGAGACUCUUAGUUGAGCUUCUCCAGAUGUUUCCAGAUGUUUCCUCGGUGCUGCACAGUUCAUGGAUCAUUUCUCCAAACAUCGAGAGCUCAAAAUGUUUGGAUCCUUGUGUGGAGACUGUUUAGUGCUGGGUUGUUUUUUGAUUUGGCUUCUGCUUGGUGAGGCUUCAUCUACACAAAUAUAUUUACGUUUUAAAAGUCAUGGGCUCAGAGACAGAGACAGACAGAGAGAGAGAGACAG